AUGAAUCGUGCUCUCUAUCUUGCUGGUCCCGAUCCUGAUGUUACUGAUUUACAAUUAACGGCAAAAACAAUUUUAAAAUCAAUGACAUCUACUCAAGAUCAAGUUGCACGAAUUGAUAAUGAAAUUAUCGAUAGUCUUGCAGCAGCCUAUUUUGAUUUAUACGAACACAUUAGAGUACAACCACAAUAUAACAAUUAUUUUGGUUUACGUGAUUUUUAUUCCUUAAUUAAAGGUGUUAUUCGUGAACUAGUUCAAUGGAAAGAAGAUGAUGAUAUAUACGAGAAAAUUCGACGACAAAUAACAGUCAAUUUCGACGGUAGUUUCGAUGGAUCACAUUACAUGUGGGAACAUUUCUGUCAACAUUUGAAUAAAGUGUAUUUAUAUGAACAAUAUAAAGUAUCACCGACAUUCAAUCAAAUCCUGGAUCAAUGUAUGUCAUCACGCACUGGUCGAUAUUUGAUGUUAAUCGGUGAAAAUGAAAGUGUUAUUGAUUAUGCCGAACAAUACAUCAUCAACAAAUUUCAACCACCUCCAGUUCGUACUCUAAUCGGUAGUAGUUUUUCAGGUGAUUUAGUGGAAGGUACUGCCUAUACAGAACAAUACAAUUAUCGAGUAUUGAUGGAUAUUAUUCUCUAUGCUGAAACUCCAGUAACAUUAGUCAUGCGUCGAAUGGGUCAUCUCUAUGAUAAUCUUUAUGAUUUAUUCAAUCAGAGCUUUGCCGUUUCUGGAAAUAAACAAUAUUGUCGUAUUCCACUGGGUCCUCUCUAUCAUCCACGUUGUCUCGUUCAUGAAAACUUCUAUUGUGUCGUUUUCGUUCGACAACAAGAUCUAGUAAAAUGCGAUCCACCAUUUCUCAAUCGUUUCGAAAAGCAUGUCAUUAAUAUGGAAAGUCUUGUUCAUCGGCGACAUUGGAAACUUGCAUCAAGUUUAAUUUCAUGGAUUACUAAACUCUUGCCAACGGAUAUUAACAAACAUUUUCCACUUCCACAAAAUUUAUUUGUCGAUUAUAGUGAUGAUUUUAUCUGUAAUUUAGUUAUUGAUGCAUGUACAUCUUUACAGAUUACCAUUGAAGAUAGUCUCGAAGACAAUGAAGAUGAUACAAAUGCUGUUAUGUCGUAUUGUAAGAAAAGAUUGAUGCAUACAAGUUCGUUCGAUCUUCCAUUGGUUAUGUCUUUAAAACAAAGUGAUGAAAGUCAAUCGUUGAUUGAUCAGUACUAUGAUUUUCAUGAAAAUGUAUCCUUUGCAGAUUUUAUCAAAAAAGCAUUGGAACUGAAAAUAAUCGAUAAUCAAGUUAUAUACACUUACACACAAUUAUAUCAUACGAUUGAUAGCAUUAAAAAUGGCGAUUCUAUUGAAGAAAUCAAACUGAGCAAUUUCAAAACAGAACUUGAAUUAACAAAUAAAAUUAAACAACAUUAUCGUUCAAAGAGUGCUCGUAUUCUACUCAUUCGUGUGGAUUAUCAUGAAGAACAUGAACACAUUCUAUUGCUCAAACAUAUUUUACUCAAUGAACAUAUUAGUGAUAGAAAUUGCGGCGUUUGGUUUAUCUUCCAUCUUCAACGAAAUUUACUCAAUCAAAUCGAUAACGACGUCAUAUUUAAUGGUUGGCCUAGUAUUAUGAUUAACAAUCUCAACGAUAAUAAAUUUAUUCCACGAGAUAUUCUUUCGAAUUCAUCGUAUCUUGAAUUCGUUACAAAUCCGACAUGUCGUGUCUCGGGUAGUUCACUCGAUGAUCUCCUUGGUCGUUGUUUAACUAAAAUACGCUAUACAGUUGCGAAUCAGCAAGACAAACAUAAAAUAAACAAGCGUCGAAAUCGUAUUAUUGAUUCUUUUACACGAUCAACAAUAGGAAAUGAAAGUGAGAAAAAAUUACGUUCAAUUGUUGAAGAUUGGCUUUCGAAAUUGAUGCAUACAAUCCCAUUUAGCAAUUAUGGUUCGUAUGCUGCAGAUUGGCGUUAUCAUUUAUUAGCAACUCCAACCAUCAUUGGAUCGUGUCGUUCAUUUGACGAUGCUUUACAUGCGACUAUUAUGCUCUUCUACGAUAAAUAUCUCGUUCUUCUUUUUGGACAUCUCGAACAAUAUUCAUUUAUCGACACUUAUUAUUUUCUUUCGAAUGAAAAAAAUAAGACUAUUCACGAUGAUUUGUAUCGCAUAUGGUACGAUGCUUUAACAUCAACACUUGAAACAGUCAAUCGAACAAUGAUGAAUCAGGAUGUUAUCGAAAUUUCACUAUUUUUUAAUUUAUGUUUACCAUGUGCAACAACGGAAUAUGAAAUUAUUCGUCAAAUUCGUGAUGCUACAAUGAAACGUAGUCAAAAUGAUGAAAGAAUUCAAAGUGAUGAAUUAAUAAAUCAAGCGAUGAAACAAUUGAACGAUAAAAGUGUUUAUAAAGAAAAUAUUAAGCUUAUUUUCAAUAAUCGAGAUUUAUUCAUACAUUAUUAUCUUGAUCAAGUUGCGCUCGCUCAGGAUGAAGCGAAAGUUUAUCAGUUACCAACGUCAUUUGUUCAACGUUUACUCACACUAAAUCCAACUCGAUCGAUAAUAGAUCAACUCAAACAUCUCCUUAUUGAUCAUGUCGAAUUAUUCGAAGUCUUGCGAAUUUUUGAAAUUAGUAUGCAACUUGUAGGCGAAGAAUUUUUUACAAAUGUUUUCAAUAAACAAUCAAUUCAAAAUUAUGUCUUGAAUGAAUCUAUCACUGGCCACAAUGUAUUUUACACUUUGGUACUAAUUGAACAGUCGAAUUCAUUUGCUUUAAUACCACCGAAUGCAAUGAUGGACAGCGAAAAUGACUUCGUAUUUGAAUGCCAUGGUGAUCCAUGGAUAGAAACAAAUUUAAUGAAUUUAAUUGAGCUUCUUGUUUCAUCGACAACUAUUAGUCGUAUCGCUAAUAUUGAACAAUUAGUAAAUUGUUACAAUCGCGUUACACAAAGUAUUCUUUCACUCAACUCAUACCCAGUAAACAAUUUCGAAAAGCUACGUUCAUUUGCUAGUCUUGUUCGUUGUAUAACGGCUUUAUUUCCAGCUGAACAAGCUAAACAUGUUUUUGAGAAUGCAUGUAGUCUAGGUGGAUUCGAUGCAACAUUUGCGAGUUGUAAUGAUAUUCAUGAAUUUAUCGAAUACUUAGGUAAUAGGUUCAACGAUAGCGAGCCACCUACAGACAAUGUUCUUCUGCAUCGCCACCGAACAUUACUUAAACUCGAAAUGGAAUUUUUUAAAAAUUGGUUACCCGAUAAUAGUGAAGAAUAUCCUGAAGUACUGGCAUUGCUGAGUAAACCAAAGAAUGAUUUGUGGCAAUAUUCAGCUAAAAUUUUGUCGUUCAUUGAUCAAGAAGAAGUGCACUUAUUUACAACGGUCUUAUCAAACAAUGGACAACUUGAAGAGCUCGAUAAGUUCACGUUACUUGACGAAUGCUUGAACAAGACCAAUGAUGACACAUGCAAAAUCGAACGAUUACUGGUGAAUCACAUUCAUAUACAGUUGAUGCUUCAUACAAACGAACAUGGUACACCCGAAGAAAUUCUCACGAACAACUACAUACAAUUUGAAGAAAACGUACAGCAGCUUCAAAAUGAACAAUCCAAUCACAGUUCAGUAUCAAUCAGUUUGAUUGCCUGGAUUAAAUACUAUAUGGAAUUAUAUGCCGUUGCUUUAAACAAUGAGUGUCAUGAGGAAACCAUGAGUAAGGUUGAUGAAUUUCUAACUCGAGAUGAAUCGUCCCUCUCUUCAACACUUAAACUGUUUGUGAUCAAGCAAAUCUGUGAACUAUCUAAUGUUAAACUCGAUACGUUACGUGAAAUAUUUACCAAUCGUAAUGUUGUCUGGGCUCGAACGAUACUUGACAAGCCACAAGAUCAACAAACCAAUGAAGCACAACGUAAUCUGAUUUUGCCAACACCACUUUUCACAUGUCACGAUGAAUUCAAACGCAUCAGCGAUAUACUUGCAUACAAGCCUGAUAUUGAGCAUUUGCGACAAUUGAUUGCAGAUUGCAAAACAAAUCAAACAUCAUCCUACUGUUUUCUCGUCUGGUUUAUUCACUACCAUUCACGUUUUUAUACGACAAAUACCACACCGGCAGAUGAUAAAUGGGUUCGGUUAUUUACAGCUGAACUCAGUCAACAGAUCUGUGCAUGUUUCGAUGAAAUUGGCUCCAAACUACUUAUUUCUUUGUGUAAAAACUUUAGUAAUACUUCUUAUUUUCGACUUCGACCGAACAUGAAUAUCGCAGAAGUCCAUCAACGUUUAGUUGUUUUAAAUAUUGCUGUUUACCUUCUCUCAUUUAAAUCACUCAAUUAUAUUACGUAUUUUGGAUCUUUACUUUUUGAUGACAAUCGUCAAAUGCCAAAUAACUAUUCAGAACGCUUACAAUUCUCACUAUGUUUACCUGGUCUUCUCUCAAGUGAUUCUGCCAUUAAACAGAUGCUUGAUGUAAGAACACGAGUAAAAGAACGUUUAGAAAGAGGUGAGAUCUAUCCAGACGCCAAAUUCAUUUAUAAAUGCUCCGAAGAGUGUCCUUGGACGUUUUACUUCGAAGGUUGUGGUCGUCCAGCCUCUCAAAGUAAAUGUUCGUUGUGCAAAAAGGAUAUUGGUGCUGCAGUCUAUAAUAAACUCAUUGUUCGCACACCACCACAGAUCGCAAUGCCUAUAGAUACUGGUUUUCAGUUCAUUGAUAAUUACAUCAAGAAGUAUAAUGAAAACGAUCAUUUUGGAUAUUAUAGCAUUACCAAUGUUGAGGAGAGCAACGUCGGUGAAAAGUCUGAACAUCUCAAUCGACCUGUAUCGUUUCGUUUUAUGCACAUGUUCACUCAUGCCACUCUACUUCUCCUAGACGAGUUGGAAUUUUUAACAAAUUCAACCCUGCCAAACCGAGACUAUUUUCAAAAACAUUUCGAAAAAGAUUAUGCUCUGAUUGGACAACAAUGCGAUGAUACUGAAAACUGUCAUGUAUGGCUAUUCAAACUGAUUAAUCACAUGCUUGACGAACCAUUUUUACUGAAGGGUGUACUUAACCAAAAUCAGAAAGUAGUCGAAUUAGAAAAAUUGAUUGAAGAACGACUCAUUUUCGCUCACAUUGAUUCCGUACCAACGGAAAUUAAUGAUUAUAAACGAUCAUUUGCUGAGUAUGUCCAAGAACAAAGCGAAAAUUCACGAUUACAAUAUUUUGUCGAUGAACUCUUUGAAAAUGAAGCUAAAUAUUCAUUGUUAACAUUUUUCAAUAUUACCAAUAUUUAUGCAACGAAUCCCAUCGAAAAGUUUCUCACUAAACUACAAGCUAUACCGUACAGUGAAAAGAUCUAUCCAAUAACAACAUUUUUAAUGAAACGAUUAGCAACCUAUGAAAAUAUUCAACAUCUGUAUCCUAUUGUCACAUUCACGAAUUAUGUUAUCCAUAAAUUUAAUCAUCGUCUUAAACGAAACGAUGCUGCUACAACAACAAUCGAAUAUUAUUUAACUAAUGGACCUGAUUGUGAGACAACUUCAAAACUUUAUGAAUCAUUUCUCGAUGCAUGGUAUAAGCUCAAUUUAACAGAAGUUCGAUUUGAUUGUCAAACAGCUAAAAUUGAACAUGUACAUGUAAAAGAAGAUUUUGCUAAGAAUACAAUGAUUGCUGUGGUUUUAUUGAACGCAUCCAAAGAUGCAACUAGUAUCUUACUGGCAGCGAGUUUAAAAACAAUUGGUCAAUUACAGAAUGAAGUCGUCAAUUAUUUUCAUAAUACGAUUGGUACUGAUCCAUCAGGAAGCCGACGAAAGGAACAUGUCGUAUCAGUUCAAUCCGUUCGACCUGAACAUUUACUUGAAAUUGAUGCCGGAAAAAUCAGUGAACAAUUAGUCACUGAUUGCUUUAUGAUUAACUAUGAAUAUGGUAAAAGUAGAGAUAUUAUUUAUGAUUAUGAUGAAAUUGAAUUGGUUUUACGAAACAAAAUUAGCAAUUUGCCUAUUAUUGACACUGAAAAAUUACAAUAUCUCAAUUAUCAGUUUGAACUUCAUGCCGAAAAUGCAUCAUUGAUUACCGACGUUAGAAGACGUGUUAAACAAGAGCCAUUAGAACCUAAUGAACGAAAAAAACUCAAAGGUCUCAUACAAGGAAUGGAUAAUGAUGACAUUGUUAAUUAUCUUGGCUCGCUCGAUUAUGUAUUUACUUAUCUGAGAGAUAUAGAUAUGGAUCCAAAUGUUGAAGUGCCAACAAUUCAAACAUUUGUCGAAAAAAACAUUCGUUGGCAGACUUGUCUUAGUGAUAAUGUCCGUCAAAAGCGGCCGUUUUCCACUAUUCAUCUGACAUAUAUAAUUGAUUUGUAUGAAUUAUUAGAAGAGUGUGUAUUUGAUCAAGUUUUACGAAACUAUGUUAAGCAAGCAUGGUGCGAAGAAUCAUUUUCAGUUGUCGAACGAACACAACUUGUCGAAAAAUUUAUUGCAACGACAUUUGGUAAAAAAGAAAUUGCUGCAUCUCUGGAGAGCAUUGACUGUUGGAUUGGCAUACUCAAAAGAGUGAUGAUUCGUGUUCUUUCGAAUGUCAACGUAGAUACUGAAGUACCAUUACAAUAUUAUCUCGAAAGAAAAGACUUAUGGACUGGCAAUAUUACGGAUGCAGAUAUUAAUACGUUUGAUCUAGAUGAUACAAUUCUUUUAUAUCACACAUUUGUUAUUCUAAAAGGCCUCGAGAAAAAACAAAAUUCAUCAACCACUGAUACUGAAAUCGACAUCGAACAACAACAAAAUACUCAAAAGAAAGAACUCAAAAGUGUUGAGACAUCAACAUUAAAGGUAACAUCAUGGAUGAAUCCCAAAGGAAAGAAUGUUAACACACAAGUCAAGGUUAUUCAGACAUCAGGAACUAAGACGAAAAAACGUAUAACAUAA